AUGGAUGUCACCCAACCAUGGUCGGUUCUUGCCAGUCGUCUUGGACAAAAUUGUUCCCUCAUCUAUGGAAACCUAAUUAUUGCGGGGAUGACUGAUGCGGACGAUGUGUCCAGUCUGGAACAGAUCGAGGAAAUCUCCGGAUACCUGGUCAUUCACAGUGUGGGUCGUAUGCGUUUACGGUUACCGAAACUACGCGCGAUAAGGGGUCAGGAGUUUGUACAAGUGAAACAUCGUCGUGUGUCUUUACUGGUCUCGAAUAACUACUACUCAAGUGUGGGAACCGGGCCCACGGACAGACAUGAGUUGUACGGUACCGCAGAGGAUAUUUCAUUUUUGCGGUUCCUGGAAAUGCCUCAGUUAAUAUCGAUCAUUCAACACGGAGUGUACUUUUAUGACAAUCCGGGGUUGUGUUAUGCACCAUUCACACUCAAUUGGGCCGAUUUACUCGAAUCAGCGGAGCUACAGACGGUGGAUUUGUAUCCGGUACAUGCGCAAGCCAAUGUGACUCGUUGGUUAAUCUUCUGUCACUGUCGUUACUCGACUCGGGGCUGUACAGUCACCGGUUUGAGUGAUUCGGGUCUGGAACAAACCGCUUCACCACUGGGAGUGACCAAUGCGUGGAGCACAGACGACACUAUCAAGCAUGUUAGCCCAGAUAGCGCUACCCAGGGCUUAGACCAGUCGGUGACAAGAUUGAUGGUAGAACCAGAACCAUCUAUGGCGGCCUCAGAACAUUCAGCUCAGAAUGGUGGCUCCCAUAUACAGCAGGCAAAAGGAAGUCCAUCUUUAGUUUCCGGUGAUGGUGGAUUUCAUCGUGUGAAGCGAACGAUGGUUUUAGACGAUUUGUCAACGGGGGUUGCCAGUUCUAUUGAUCGUACAAUUCCUCCAACGAACACGAUCGACUACUCCAAAUCGAACGAUGGGAAUGACAACAUAGAGAAGACCUCCUUCACUACCACAACUAUGACGGGGACCAGCAAUACCGCCAGCACACCCCGCAUUUCCAAAAUCACCCCCGGAGAGGAGGAUGAAGCAAUCACACCCGAUCUGCUCACAUCAACGGAAAGGGAUCACUCACUGCAAACAGUAACCGAAAUCGAACAACAUGAUCAGAUUGAAAACACACUGAUAGACUUGUCUACACCCGAUCCGGAUACAGAUAGUGAAUCGAGUAAAAAUGUGAUGAUUAAAAUGAGUGUGAUUGAGCCGGACUCGGAUCUUGGUCAAACCGAGACACCUGACACAAUUGUCCAGUCAACCGGAUCAGCUCGCAUGCCGUUACUUGUUCCACGUAGCCCAGAUGAGAUGCAACAAGACCACGUAGGUGAUCCGGUGAUACCGGAGCCAGUGAGAUCCCCUGAGGAGACAAAUAUUAUAACCCCGCUUUUGGUGUUGGAUCAGACGGAACCAAUUUCACACGAUCGGUCUACACUAGCGUCUGAUGCGGAUGUGACGUACAUUGUGAAGCUUACUGAUCCACCGGUUGGGCCCGAAUCGUCAAAUUUGGAUGCAAUGGAUGACCUCACAGCAUUCAGCGGUUUCCAAUCGUCAACACCACCAGACAUACUUUUGAUCAACGAUUCCGCCAGCUGGGUGAAUCAAUCAAAGAUUGUACAACAAAUGUUGGGUACCUUAGGGCUUCUCUGUCAUCCAACGUGUCCGAAGAUCCACGGGACACGAUACUGUUGGGGCCCGGGAAGUCAACAGUGUCAAGCAAGUAAUUAUCUGCGCGAUGGAGACAGUUGUGUAUCUAAGUGUGGUCGUCCAGGAACAUUUCCCAAAAACGGACAAUGUAUCUCCUGCUCGGAGGAUCGAUGCCCAAAAACUUGNUCAGCUUGUUCCUUCAGUGACAUCGAAACUGUCAAGGGCAUUGACUAUCUGCGCCGCACUUCACUUAGAGCUAUGCGCAACUGUACAACGUUCCAAGGAGAUAUCAAACUGUCCAGACAAUCGUUUGUCGGCGAUCCGUUCCACAAUCUGACUAGAGCCGAUGAGGGUGUACGUUGGUCAGAUUUGGUCGAGGGACUGUCCGCAUUGCGAGAAGUAACGGGAAUACUCUACAUCAGUGCCGGUUCCGACACUCCAUGGUUGACAAAUUUGACAUUUCUUAGUAAACUGGAAAGUAUUGGAGGUGGUAAGCAAUCUAAAUUGUCUAAAGUUUGUUCCUGUGUUAUAUUAUUUACAGAAAUUCCAGAAAACCUGGCUUCCCCUUUUUUCCUUGGAGUUGACAAAAAACAAAACAGUUAA